UCUGUGAAUAAGCCUUUUCCAUUAAAUAUUAAUUUUCUUAAUGAGUUGGAUGUUAAAGGGCUGGAUGCUAAAGGAAUAGCUGCAAUGAUAUUUACCGCAGCAGCUAUCACAGUUGGAGCACUACUUUAUAAGAGAAAUAAUUACCUUAACGUUAAGAGUGAUAGUAAGGAAAACAAUAGUGAACAGAAUAUUAAAAAGCAAAAGAUCAAAAAAUUUUCGUAUGUAUUUGAAGAUUUCAUCUAUCUGAAUUAUUUGAAUGAUAAAAUUGUUAAUGAUUCAUGA